GAGGAAAUCCAUAGUUACGAAACCGUCAAAACUGAAACAAAAAAGGCAAAAAUUAAUCGAAUUUUCUCAAUUUUCUGCGAGAUUUCAUCGAAAAAUUGACUUGCAAUUGAAAAAUAAAGUCCUUGAGCACCAAAAAGACACAAAAUUCGCAAAAUAUUCGACAGAAAAGAAUGACUUUCGUCAUAAAAGCUCGCGCGAGAAUGUCAGACUUGUUUAAUUCCGGAUUUUCCGACCUGAAUACGAGUUUUUCGAGCAUUUUAGACGAAGCCCGGAAUUUAUUAGGCGAUUUUCAUCCCGUACCUGCGUCCCGAAACACUUCCCGUACCAACACAUCGAGCGAGGCGUCGAGCAGCUCAAGUUCUCGCAACAAUGGCGCUCAAACCAAUUCGACAGCUGACGAUGAUGGAUCUGAUAUUGAAGAAAUUGUGCAAGAAAUACCCGUUGUUGACUUGCUCGAUGCGACAAUUGAUGUUGGAAUAAAUUCUGGUCCAAAUCCCGCCGAUGAUGACGACGAUGACAUAAUUUUCGUGCAAGAAAGUGUCGCCACGGGUCCCAUCACAAUCGAUUUGUGCAGCGAUUCGUUCGUUGGUCCCAUUGCCUCGACGCCAAACAAUCCGCGACGUCGUGCUCACAACGAAAUCGGGUCAAUUCUUGUGCCUGACAUGCCUGAACCGCCUGAAAUUCCGCGUCGACGACGUCGCAUCGAACAAAUUCCGUCGUUAGCUCCGCCAAGUGUCGAAGUUGUCGACUCAGCAUCGCAUCCAACGUUACCUCAGUCGCCGCCAAAGCCACAAUUGAACAACUCCGUACUCGAUGAAUCGAUGGUAGCGGCCCCCAAAUGCCCGAUUUGCUUGGAAAAUUGCACAAAACGAGAACCGACAGCGACAACUUGCGGUCAUAUCUUUUGCAAAGCCUGUAUUAUGCAGUGCAUCCGUGUCAGCAAGAAGUGCCCGAUGUGCAAGAAGCCAUUGAACAAUAAGAGUGUGCAUCGCUUAUUUUGGAACUGAUAUUCGAAGCAAUCCAAACUCCUCAACAUGUGAUCGUAAAUAAUAAGCAAAUUUUCUUUGUAACGGAUGAAGCUUGCUUCGUCUGAUAUUCAUUUGAUGUAAACCUGAAAUUCGGAUUAAUUACGUACGAUUAGUGAUAAUAAACUCGAUUUUGUAUUAAAAAGAAA